AGUGCGCCUCCCCUGGAGCCGCGCACCGGGAAGCUCACCUACUUGGGGAUCCAGCCGCCCGUUUAGACGCCCCACCCCUCGGAGGGCGGUGCUGCUCAGGCCCGUCCUUUCCCGCUCUUGGGACCCAGCCCCUGCCCCGCCCCAUAUUUGUGCUGCGCCGGCUGGCCCGCUGACUCCGGCGCACAGAGGCUGGCGCUGUAAGGCGCCGCACCUGCGGAGGACCAACUGGGCUGAGCGUGCGGGCUGGCGAAAGCCGGCAGGGACGAGGCCGGGGCAAUGCUGGGCAAGGAUUACAUGCUGGCCAUCAUUCUGGUCAACUGCGAUGAUGACUUGUGGGGGGACCAGAAUCUGGAGGGGGAGCCAGGCCUGCCCCCUGGCUGGAGGAAGAUCCGAGAUGCUGCAGGUACUUACUACUGGCAUGUACCCAGUGGUAGCACCCAGUGGCAGCGCCCAACCUGGGAGCCAGGGGACGCAGAGGACCCAGGCACGAGGACGGAGGGGAUUUGGGGACUUCGGCCCCCCAAGGGGAGAUCCUUCUCCAGCCUGGAGAGCUCACUGGACCGGAGUCACUCUCUGUCCUGGUAUGGUGAGGAAUCCUACAUCCAGAGCAUGGAGCCAGGGGCUAAGUGUUUUGCAGUCCGCUCUCUGGGCUGGGUAGAGGUACCUGAAGAGGACUUGGUACCAGGGAAGAGCAGUAUCGCAGUCAAUAACUGCAUCCAGCAGCUGGCCCAGACCCGCAGCUGUAGCCAGCCCCCGGAUGGUGCCUGGGGUGAGGGCCAGAACAUGCUGAUGAUCCUGAAGAAGGACGCCAUGAGUCUGGUGAAUCCUCUGGACCACAGUCUGAUCCACUGUCAGCCUCUGGUGCACAUCCGCGUAUGGGGUGUGGGCAGCUCCAAGGGCCGGGACUUCGCUUUUGUGGCGGGCGACAAAGACAGCUGUAUGCUCAAGUGCCAUGUGUUUCGUUGUGAUGUCCCUGCCAAGGCUAUUGCCAGUGCCCUACAUGGGCUUUGUGCCCAGAUCUUGUCAGAGCAAGUAGGGGUCAGUGGUGAUUCCCCUUGCUGCUCUCUAGACCCCAUCUCUCCUGGAGACCUGCCACAGCAAGUGGAGCUGCUGGACGCGGUGAGCCAGGCUGCUCAGAAGUACGAGGCCCUGUACGUGGGGACCCUGCCAGUCACCAAAGCCAUGGGCAUGGAUGUGCUGAAUGAGGCCAUCGGUACCCUCACCUCCCGGGGGGACCGGGAUGCCUGGGUCCCCGCCAUGCUCAGUGUGUCUGACUCUCUCAUGACCGCACAUCCCAUUCAGGCAGAGGCUGGUGCACAGGAGGAGCCACUGUGGCAGUGCCCUGUGCGCCUUGUGACCUUUAUUGGUGUUGGCCGUGACCCACACACCUUUGGCCUCAUUGCUGACCUGGGCCAUCAGAGCUUCCAGUGUGCAGCCUUCUGGUGCCAGCCCCAUGCAGGGGGACUCUCCGAAGCUGUGCAGGCUGCUUGCAUGGUUCAGUACCAGAAGUGUCUUGUGGCCUCUGCAGCUCGAGGCAAGACCUGGGGUGCCCAGGCCCGUGCCCGCCUGCGGAUCAAGCGGACCAGCUCUGUGGACUCCCCAGGAGGUCCCCUGCCUCUUCCCCUGCUCAAAGGAGGGAUUGGGGGUGCUGGAGCAGCCCCUCGAAAGCGGGGUGUCUUCUCUUUUCUUGAUGCCUUCCGGCUGAAACCUUCUCUGCUCCAUAUGCCCUAAAUUUUCUGGGAGGACUGGGGUAGGAGGCUCUGGGUCCACAUUCAACUUUGUUUCCCUUCAUUUCCCAGGAGCCUGAAGCCUCUCACCCCUGGGAGCCUUCUCUGCCUGCUCCUCCAACUCUGACCCACCCUCUGUUUAUUGCCUAAUUUAUUAAUUGUUUAUAUGGAUGACUGAGAGGCCCUGCACCACAACCUGGGCAGGCCCCUGGCCCUCCUUUCCCUGGGUCCCUGUGUUCCUUGCCCCUGUCCAGCCCUGGACAGUUGGCUCUACCUCAGCAACACUUUAUAGCAAAAUCAGUACAAAUAAAAAUCCCUCAGUGAC